UACCUACUUUCCAAAAAAACUCUUUCUACUCUAAUAAUUUAUUGACCGUUUUGUUUCCUAUAAAAUAUACAUCGGCUUUGGUUUCAUGUUAUUUACAACGAACGUCAAGAGUAAGUAAAAAUAUUGAAAGUGUAUGACUUUCAAUCAGUAAAACAAAGUGUAAGUAUACACCUACUACGCAUUACGAAAUAACUAUUCAAGUUAUGCAGUGCUCAUACCAUGAACGUCAAAUUACAUGUGAAAUGUGAUGUAGUAGUUCCACACAAAACUUUCACUAAUAAUUUGUUCAUGCUAUGUGUGCUAUUAUUAGCUAAUUUAGUACACUAGACAGCUGGGCCACUGCAGCUUUACUGCUCUUAAUGAGUAGCCUGCUGGCCCCAGUAGCUUAGCUGCCUAGUGGAUGAAAAAUAUGUAUUAUAAGUGAUUUUUGUAACAUUGCUUUUGAUUUCAAAUUGUAUCAAAAAGUUUUUGUAUGUACCAGUUAACUAUUAUCAUUGUUGGUAUAAAACCCUUAACCAAAAAUUUUGGGUUGUUAAAAAGCUUUACAUAGCAACAUUUUUAUGCUUGGUAAGCCAAUCUUUUACUAAAAAUAUGGAUGAAUGAUGAACUUGAAGAAAAAAAGGCAGUGAUUGGACAAUAUGAAUUAAAAUACUACGAGGUUUAGCCUUCUAUUAGCAGCUGAUGGUAUAUUUCUGCAAUUUUUAUUUACAUUAUCAGGUUUUAUGCAUGUUAUGUUGCAAAUUACAUUCACUUUAUACAUAAUAUAUUAUCUAGUAACUUAAAAAUGUUUUACAUACUUUGUGUAUUUAGUUAACUUCAACCUGACUGAAUUUAAACAAUUAUUAACUCUUCAAUUUUUAAUAUAGAUAACCAUGGAUGGCAAAGUUAAGUGAGAGCCUUGCUGAUGGCAUUACAUGGAGACAAGAGAGAAACAUGAAAAGUUCGGAAACUGAGUAAUGUUGGAACGAUGACAUAGCAGGGUGGAAAUAUGCAGAUUUAUCAUCAAUAAAGACACAAUUUCAGAUCAAAUUUUUACUACAUUGCUUUAGGAAAUGGCAGAUAAAGACAGACGGACUGGUGAUUCUAAGAUAAGGAGUUCGAAGGAUAAGACAAAAAGUAGUAGAAGUAAAAGCAGUAAAGGCACAAGCAGUAAAAAGAGAUACCAUUCUGAGUCCAAAACUCCACCACUUCCUACACAUAUUAGUAUUGAAGAAUUAUUAAGACAAAGAGAGGCAAUCAAAGAAGAACUCCAAAUUAUUGCUAAGCCCAAAGAUAGAAAAAGUGAUAAUAUAUCUCCACAUAAAAGAAAACGCAAAGAGUCUGAAAAUAGACAUAAUGGAAAUAUAGAAAACGAUGAAAAAAGUAGACCAGCCCAAAAGAAUGCAUCUCCAGAGCAUAAUGUAGUUACAUAUAUUGAUUCAGAAGAUGAAGAGUUUAUAAUAGAACAAAGAAGAAAACAGAGGAAGCAGUUGGUUGAGAAGUUACAAAUAAAAAUAGAACUAAAAACUAGCAAUUUAGAACCUUCUAAAAAUAAAGAAAUAAACACAAAUAAUGAAGAAGAUAAAACAAAUUCAAUAUCUCAAACGCAAACGAAUACAAAGGUAGUUGACAAAAUUACUGAUAUGUUUUCAGAAGAUGAUUUUUUAAGUAAAACAGAUAAAUCAAAACAAAGUAUUGAUAACAAAAAUGUUCAAUGUGAUAACUGGGAUGAUGAGGAUGGGUAUUUUAAAAUAAACAUUGGUGAAACUAUAAAUAAAUAUACAAUAAAACAUUUAUUUGGUCAAGGUGUGUUUGCCAAUGUUGUGAGAGCACAAGAUAAUAUUCGAAAGAAUGAUGUAGCUAUUAAAAUAAUUAGAAAUAAUGACCUCAUGUACAAAACUGGCCUAAAAGAAAUAGCAUUAUUGAAGGAAAUUAAUAAGAGUGAUACUGAAGAUAAAAGUCACUGUGUUCAAUUGUUUUCACACUUUAUGCACAAGGGACACUUGUGUUUAGUCCUCGAGUGUCUACAUAUGGAUUUAAGAAGUGUCCUUAAGAAGUAUGGUAAAAAUCAGGGCAUAAACAUAAAGGCCCUGAUAACUUAUAGCAGACAGCUAUUCCUAGCGUUGCGCCAUUUGAAGAAAAUUGGAAUUAUGCAUGCAGAUAUUAAACCAGAUAAUAUACUAGUUAAUGAAAAGAAGACCAUAUUAAAAUUAUGUGAUUUUGGUUCUGCUAUGAAAGAGAGUACUGGAGAUCUAACUCCAUACUUAGUGUCAAGGUUCUACAGAGCCCCAGAAAUAAUAUUGGGCAUUCCUUAUUCAUUUAGCAUAGAUAUGUGGUCAACCGCAUGUACAAUAUACGAAAUGUCGACUGGUAAAAUACUAUUCACUGGCAGUUCCAAUAACAAAAUGAUAAAAUGCUUCAUGGACCUAAAAGGCAAAAUACCAAAUAGACUGCUUAAGAAAAGUAAAUUCAAGGACCAACAUUUCAACUACAACAAUAAUUUUCUUCUACACAAAAAAGAUGAAUUCACAGGUCGUGAAAAAGUAGUAGAGAUGACAAACAUUACUGUCUCAAGAGAUUUAUUUAAGGAUUUGUUGAAAAGUUACCAAAGCCCUUCACCGAGUGAGGAAAAGAAGAUAUUUCAACUGAAAGAUAUUUUAGACAAAAUGCUGAAUCUAGAUGCAAACCAGAGACUUUCUAUAACAGAUUGUUUAAAACAUGUAUUUAUAAAAGAAGAGUUUGGAAGGUGAUUGCUCAAAAUAAAAAUAUUGUUACUUA